AGUUAUGCUCAUUCGAAAUGGGAACAUGAAAAGUAGUGAAAUCGAUGAAAGGAUAAGAAUCUCAAGUUGAGGAAUCGAGAUUGUCGUUGUAAGUAGGGCCUCGAAGGCAACCCAUGCCAUGGAUUAUGUUUGUCAUUAGUACUCGUUUGCUCUUUCCAGUUUCUUGGGAACCGGCAAACUCUCUUGGUCGACGACGAAACGGUCCCUCCCUUCAUACUAAAGUCUUCAAGAAACUCGUCGUUCGAAGUUGUGAAAAUAGGAAUAUGAACGAUUUUUCAACUCCUACUCGUUUGUCAAGAAGGCGCUCAUCUUCUCCAGACUAUCAUGGCAUUCCUAAUCCGCCUCCUGGAGAAAGACUCAAGUUAGAAGAUUUGAGAGAGCGCUUAAUAAGACAAGAAGAAAGUAUUAUAUUCGCGUUGGUAGAAAGAGCACAGUUUAUGACCAACGACGUGAUAUAUCGUCCUGGAGGGAUCGAGAUUCCCGGAUUCAGUGGUUCAUUCACGGAGUUUCUUUUAUGUGAACUGGAAAAGGGUUAUGCUUUGGUUAGAAGAUACACAAGUCCCGAUGAACAAGCAUUCUUUCCCGAUAUUUUACCUGAACCUAUUCUUCCUCCGUUGUCUUUUCCGGAAACAAUCGUUCCGAAUACAAUCAACCUCAAUUCCAAGAUAUAUGAUGUUUAUGUGCAAGACAUCGUUCCAGUUAUUUGUGAAGCUGGAGAUGAUCAGAAUUAUGGUUCCAGUGCAAUGUAUGACGUUGCUUGUCUACAGGCGAUAUCAAAACGUAUUCACUAUGGCAAAUUUAUUGCUGAAGCUAAGUUUGGAGAGAAUCCUUUAGAAUAUUCGAAGCAUAUCAGGAAUGGAGAUACGAAUGCCUUGAAUGAGCUGUUGACAGAUCCGCAAGUAGAAAAACGAUUGGCGAAAAGAGUGAUAAACAAAGCUUCAGCAUAUGGGAGAGAUAUUGAUGAUUCUGGAGCUUUAGACACAUAUAAAGUGGAACCACAAAUUAUUGCAGAGUUGUAUCGAAAGCAUAUUAUUCCAUUAACCAAACAGGUUGAGGUUUUGUAUCUCUUACAGAGGUUAUCAAGAAAGAGUUCAUAAGUAGGAGAAUGUGGUCGAUAACGAAACUUUGCAGAGAACUCAGCAAUUAUUUACCGGCUACUUGUAUCCUAUUGGGUAUCGACGAAUAAAAUUUGAAAAUUUUCAUAGUUCUGUAUUCGUACAUUAU